AUGCGGUCCCUGUGGCUCAGCUGGGCACUCUGGGCACUGUCCCUGCUCGGCCCCGGGGCAGCUCUGACUGGCGAGCAGGUCCUGGGCAGCUUACUGCGGCAGCUGCAGCUGACUGAGCCACCGGUCUUGGACAAGGCUGAUGUGGAGGGGCUGGCCAUCCCCUCCCACGUGAGGGCCCAGUACGUGGCUCAGCUGCAACGCAGCCACGCCAGCCGCUCCCGAGGGAAGAGGUUCAGCCAGAACUUUCGAGAGGUGGCAGGCAGGUUCCUGGUGUCCGAGACCUCCACACACUUGCUAGUGUUCGGCAUGGAGCAGCGGCUGCCGCCCAAUAGCGAGCUGGUGCAGGCCGUGCUGCGGCUGUUCCAGGAACCGGUCCCCAGAACUGCUCUCCGGAGGCAAAAGAGGCUGUCCCCCCACAGUGCCCGGGCUCGGGUCACCAUUGAGUGGCUACGCUUCCGCGAGGACGGCUCCAACCGCACCGCCCUCAUCGACUCUAGGCUCGUGUCCGUCUACGAGAGCGGCUGGAAGGCCUUCGACGUGACCGAGGCCGUGAACUUCUGGCAGCAGCUGAGCCGGCCGAGGCAGCCGCUGCUGCUGCAGGUGUCGGUGCAGAGGGAGCACCUGGGCCCGGGGACCUGGAGCGCACACAAGUUGGUCCGGUUUGCUGCGCAAGGGGCGCCGGGCAGCGAGGGACAGGGCGAGCCACAGCUGGAGCUGCACACGCUGGACCUCAAGGACUACGGAGCUCAAGGCAAUUGUGACCCGGAGGCACCUGUGACUGAAGGCACCCGAUGCUGUCGCCAAGAGAUGUACCUUGACCUGCAGGGGAUGAAGUGGGCGGAGAACUGGAUCCUCGAACCCCCAGGGUUCCUGACUUACGAGUGUGUGGGCAGUUGCCUGCAGCUCCCAGAGUCCCUGACCAUCAAGUGGCCAUUUCUGGGGCCACGGCAGUGCAUUGCCUCAGAGAUGACUUCCCUGCCCAUGAUUGUCAGCAUCAAGGAGGGAGGCAGGACCAGGCCUCAGGUGGUCAGCCUGCCCAACAUGAGGGUACAGAAGUGUAGCUGUGCCUCUGAUGGGGCGCCCAUACCCAGGACGCUGGAGCCUUAGGCACAGGAAGUGGCGUCCCCAAGGAUGUGACUUCUAUGUAUAUCUGAAGUGUUCUAUUGUACCGGGAGAGAUGGGGAUUCUGAAUCCCUGAGGGGGCUAAUGCCUGUCUGUGCUCUUCAAUGAGCUCUGCAUUUGCUUCCUCUGGACCGGCCUCAUCCCCUAGAUUUUACCUUUAAGGAAUGUGACUCACUGGCCACUAGGGGGCCCUACCUAGUCAUCUCUGUUCUUCAUAUUGUUCACUGCACUAUAUGUUAAAGCACUUACAUGUAUAGUUACUGUAAGCUAAGGACAGAAUUCCUAAUUGUCACUGGAUCUGGGCUGAGCCCCGGUCUUAACUUGGGACCUAAGAAACAAGUGUAUCAAACACGCUCAGCCUAGGUAAUAUGGACUUUGCUAGAUGUGAAUAAAGUAUGUUUUGUUCUGUAA